AUGUGGGUACUCCUUCGAGGUGGGUACCCCCUCCGUAUCCUGCUGCCGCUGCGUGGGGAGUGGAUGGGUCGCAGGGGCCUGCCCAGAAGCCUGGCCCCAGGCCCUCCUCGAAGACGGUACAGGAAGGAGGCUCUCCCAGCCUUGGAGGUACCAGUGUUGCCUGUAACUGCAACUGAAAUCCGCCAAUAUUUGCGGGCACGUGGGAUCCCCUUCCAAGAUGGCCACAGCUGCCUGCGGGCACCCAGCCCCUUUGUAAAGGCCUUGCCGCUCAAGGACCAGAAUGGUGCUACUGCUUCCUUCAGCCUCUUCAUUGACAAGACCACAGGCCGCUUUCUCUGCAUGACCAGUCUAGCAGAGGGGAGCUGGGAAGACUUCCAGGCCAGUGUGGAGGGACGAGGAGAUGGGGCCAGAGAGGGAGUCCUGCUCAGUGAGGCCCCAGAAGUGGAGGACAGUGAGGAGGUCCGGAGGAUCUGGGACCGAGCUGUACCUCUCUGGGAGCUGCCUGAGCCGGAGGAGGCCCAGCUGGCUCGUGUGAUGUUUGGCCUUACCAGAGUGACAGAUGACACGCUCAGGCGUUUCAAUGUGCGGUAUUUGCGGCCGGCUCGCAGCCUUGUCUUCCCUUGGCUCUCCCCUGGAGGUCUGGGAUUACGAGGCUUGAAGCUACUAGGCGCUGAAGGCCAGGGAGAUGGAGUGCACUACAAGGAAACCACAAUUCCCCGGCCUGGGGUCUACUGUAAUCUGUUUGGAUUACCACUGAUCAGUCGUCGAGAUGUUGAGGUGGUACUGACGAGUCGUGAGCUGGACAGCCUGGCCUUGAACCAAUCCACAGGGCUGCCCACCCUUGCCCUACCCCGAGGAACAGCCUGCUUACCCCCUGCCUUGCUCCCUUACCUCGAACAGUUUCGACGUAUUGUGCUCUGGCUAGGAGAUGACCUUCGGUCCUGGGAAGCUGCCAAGUUGUUUGCCCGAAAACUGAAUCCCAAGCGAUGCUCCUUGGUGCGGCCUGGAGACCGGCAGCCCCGGCCCCUGGAGGCCCUGAACCGAGGCUUAAGUCUUUCUCGUAUUCUGCGUACCGCCCUGCCCGCCUGGCACAAGUCGAUCGUGUCUUUCCGGCAGCUUCGGGAGGAGGUGCUAGGAGAAUUGUCAAAUGUGGAGCAGGCAGCUGGCAUCCGCUGGAACCGCUUCCCAGACCUCAAUCGUCUUUUGAAGGGACAUCGGAAGGGCGAGCUGACAGUCUUCACAGGGCCAACAGGCAGUGGGAAGACCACAUUCAUCAGUGAGUAUGCCCUGGAUUUGUGUACCCAGGGGGUAAACACGCUAUGGGGUAGCUUUGAGAUCAGCAACGUGAGACUCGCCCGGGUCAUGCUGACACAGUUCGCUGUGGGGCGGCUAGAAGAGCAACUGGACAAAUACGAUGAGUGGGCCGACCGCUUUGAGGACCUGCCUCUCUAUUUCAUGACUUUCCAUGGGCAGCAGAGCAUCAGGACUGUGAUAGACACAAUGCAACAUGCAGUAUACGUGUAUGACAUUUGUCAUGUGGUCAUCGACAAUCUGCAGUUCAUGAUGGGGCACGAGCCACUGUCCACAGACAGGAUUGCAGCUCAAGACUACAUCGUCGGGGCCUUUCGAAAGUUUGCAACAGACAAUAGCUGCCACGUGACACUGGUCAUUCACCCCCGGAAGGAGGAUGACGAUAAGGAACUGCAGACAGCGUCCAUUUUUGGCUCAGCCAAAGCAAGCCAGGAAGCGGACAACGUUCUGAUCCUACAGGACAGGAAAUUGGUAACUGGUCCAGGGAAACGGUAUCUGCAGGUGUCCAAGAACCGCUUUGAUGGAGACGUAGGUGUCUUCCCACUUGAAUUCAACAAGAGCUCUCUUACCUUCUCCAUACCACCAAAGAGCAAGGCUCGGCUCAAGAAGGUCAAGGAUGACAAUGGGCUAGCGACCAAAAAGCCCUCUUCUGGCAAAAAGGGGGCUGUGCCCCAGAACUCUGAGACUUGCUUGGAUCAGGCCCACCAGCCCUGCCAGCCAGACCCCUCCAAGCCCUCCAGGUGA